GCUUCAGUUCUUGGACCGCCUGGCCCCCGGUGGAGUCCUUUCGCGAAACUCUCUCUUCCUCUCUCCUCAUCUUUUUCCGACCACAAGACACCGGCGUAACAGCCUCAUUCCCGAGUUCGCAAUUUCGUCGAUUAUCAUCACACGAUAAUCGUCCGUUAUAUCGCCAUUCGUUACACACAACAAUCUCGAAAUCUUCUCGAAGAAAAAAAAAAAAAAAAAGAAAGAUCGAUUAACCAUAUAAAAUUAAUAUAGAAAUUUUUGCCGAAAAGGAAUCAUUCGGUUACAGAUUUGACGAUAUUUUUUUUCAUUUUUUUUUUUCUUAUUUUAUCAAAAUUCUUCCACCAACUGAAACGACUUACUGAAAUUACAAAACAUUUUCUAUCGUCGUUGAAAAUUCGAUUUAUAUGAUAUAUAGAUAGUGCGCCGGGAAAUAUGUCAGGUUUCAUCGGUUAUUAAUCGGAAAAUUAUAACAAGCUAGUAAAAUUAUCGUUCCAUUUUCACGGGGAAAGAAUUAUUUUGCUUAUAUUUAUUAUAAACCUCGAAUAUACUUUCCGCGAGAAUAAUAGUGAAACAGUAAGUUAAACGUACACGCGAUAAUAUUUUAUUUCAAAAAACGUAUCAUAUCUACAACAGAAGUUAGAACGUGUGCUGAUUACUUCGUCAAGAGAUUGCCGUAACGCGAUAACUUUUCGAAAUUUUUUCCUCUCCCUCAAGUCAAGCGUCACUUCAGUGUAACGGGAGGUGUUUACUCCGAUUGAUUAUCUCAUUACCGUGAGAAGGAAAGUGAACGACGAGCGAAUAAUACGGAGUACAAGUAAUAAAACAAAAAAAAAAAUCAACGCUAAAAAAAUCAGACGUGAAACUUGGCAAGUUAUUCGCGUAGCGACUAUAAAUUCCAAUGGUGCCGGCAUUCGGAUUGUUUGUCUUACUGCUACCGCCCUUAAUUGUUGGUGCGGGUGACUUCGACCUGCACCGCGGAAUCGGAAGUACCGAUCAUUGGUUGCACGCUUCAAACGAUUCGGCCACCCGAAGUGGCCUAAUAAUCAGCCGAUUUCUCCCUGACGGAGAAUUUGAACGGGUCAGCACGUGGCCCGGAUUCUGUGCCAAAGAAACGUCCAUCGAUUGGGGGGACAUCGAUGUAACGCUGCGUGAAGUAUGGAUCAAAAAUGAAGGCCGUAAAUUGCAGCUGAUCUACGAAGGCGGCAUCCUCAGCGAUUGUUUCGACGUUGAGGCAGAUCAAGACGCCGAUGAUGAUCGUGAGUGCAGUGGCUCUUCGAGGCCAGAGAUCGAAGACGAAGACGAGGAUGAGGAAGAGAAAGGGGACGAGGCUGUGUUCCAAGUAACCGAGAAGAACAUCGCCGACUGGUUCGUCUCGGCCGAGGAUCUUCGCCGUCAGUGUUUCCGGGUUAAAACCAGAACGCGGAAUCAAGUUAUGGCACGGCACGGACAAUCGAUCAGAGUUAGGAGAGGAAUGUUCCAAGCCCUGAUGAUGGCUCCGGGGACGAAAUGGUGCGGACCGACGCAGCUAGCAUCGCGUUAUAACGAGCUCGGGGCUUUCGAUCAGUUGGACAGAUGCUGUCGUCGCCACGAUCAUUGUCACAGGGCGAUUCCUCCGAUGACCCAACGCUACGAUUAUUACAAUUCCAUGCCGUUCACUCUCAGUCACUGCGGAUGCGACCAAAGGAGAUACGAUGACGGGGACGAGUCGAAUAGACGGAGGCGAAGAAGACGAGGACGCCACCGGGAAAAACGCGACCUCCUUAUCAUACCCGGGACGCAGUGGUGCGGUCGGGGUCACAGAGCGACCAAGUACACCAAUCUCGGUGGUUUCGGCUCGGCAGACGCGUGCUGCCGGCGCCAUGACACCACCUGCCCGUUCUUCAUACCCGCCUUUCAAACGAAAUACGACCUCUUCAACUGGGGAAUUUCUACCCUCAUGCAUUGUGCCUGCGACGAGCGUUUUCGAACGUGUCUAAAAAUGGCCGGAACUUCGUCGGCGAACUUCGUUGGGAAAUUGUUCUUCAACGUUGUACAGACAAAGUGUUUUGUUCUGAAGCCGCAAAAAGCCUGCCAGCGAAGAUCGUGGUGGGGAAAAUGCGAGGCUUACGAGUACCGGAAACAGGCGCAUCUCAGGGACAACGUGCCGUACUGACGACGCGACACCAGCUUAUAAUGACUUUGCAUGGAAAUUCCAUAAUUCGUCAAUGAAUUACACGUCACGGUUCCAAUUCUGAAAACAGAGAAAAGAAAAGAAGAAUAAACAAAUUAUUUCGUAUUCAAUUAGCUAUAUAUGACACAGUGUAAUAAUAUAUACCUAAAUAAUAUAUGUAUAUAUAUAUAUAUUAUAUAUAUACAUGUUUGUGUGUUAAAAUAUUUCUGAUUCCAAAGUCUCUCGGCUGCGAUUAACUUUAUUAUCUAAUCAAUUGCAACCGCUAUAACUUAAACAUCUCCUAAAGAUUUUCAAAUGUUUCAAAAACUUAGAUCCUUUUCACUACUUCCGACCGUUUCGUACGGCUAUGUUUAGAGUAAGAAGUACUUAUAGCGGUAAAAUUGUGGACACUUUAUAAUUCCAAUAUAUAAUGCAACCCUAUAUUUUGCAACGGAGAUAUUAAUUGUUAAUAUCUCGAGAGUUGGAGACGCAAUCUUAAUUUUUUACUUAAAAGAAUUCUGUUUCCUUACGUAACAAAAGAAAAAGUUGCUAUACCUGUGGUGAUAUUAUUUAGCAGCGAACGUAUAUUCGCGAUAUUUGAAUGAGUUAUUUAAAAAAUUCUGUAUAACCGAAUAUUAGAAACGAAUCAAAAUAAUUGACUAAUCUGUUUACUUUUCCUCUGAAACAUAAUUCAGACAGAUGUCUGUAGCGUCCACUACACUUCGGCCGUAUUGUAAUAUUCUCGAUCGAAAUUCACAAUGACAAUAAAUUCACUACGGAACGACAAUAAUAACAUGGUACCUAUACAUCUAGGCAUACGUAUGAUAUACAUACAAUAAUGUAUAACUAUAACGGUGUAGUCAGUGUGAGUAGGACCAAUUUUAGUCGAAUUAUAAUGAAUAAAUUGAAGUAUGUUAAGAAAAUUACCGCAUUAUGCAUUGUGGGGUAAAAAACAGAGUGUAAUGGGUACGCGCAUAUGCAUGUGAUAAACUUCCAUAAAGAGAUCCACGUGAUUAGUAUACGUUUUAUAUAAUAUGAAAAAGCAUAAAGUAAAUUUUUCAGCAGUGAUAAAAAUUUCGUCGAAAUAAGUAUAGAAUCGAAAGAGUAUAUUACAACUAUAGUUUAUAAUAACUUAAUUUAUGAAUUAAUAUGAUGUAAUUAUUCGUGUAUCGAUGGAUUUUGCGGCACGAUCUUCCGUUCGCGCUACUCAGAUGUAGAAUUAUUACAUGUACGUACCAAUAGAGAUUAGAAUAGUGAAAAUGUAACGAUUUUUCGCAAGGAGCGAACGCGUUAUGUUAUUAUAUAAAAACAUUGUAGUUUCGAUGAUAUUCUUUCUAUCUCUGCAUUAUUGUAAAUAUGUAUGAUAAAGAAGAGAAUUAUUAAUGAAUGAUACGCGAUAUGGGCACAGACGGCUUAAUUUAUUAUGCGAAUAAAAUGACAAUUGAAUACUCA